AUUAGAUGAUAUGAUUGUAUUUCUUGUUUGGAUUAGGUUUUUAUGAUUUAUAAUAAUUUCAAAAGCAUUUAAACUUUGGGUACUUCUUAUCCAUCUCAAAUUUAUCAAAAAUAAUUAAUCACAAGAUAUGAUUGAAUAAUCUAAGAACAAGUUUAUUAAUUUGAAAGUCAUUUGAUUGAUUUGAUGAAGAAUUCCUAUAGAUAAGAAAUUCCUAAAAAUGAGAUACUCCAAAAUGCUGUAUCAAAAGGAAAACAAAUGAAAAAAUAUAAGUCUACUAAUAAUAUAUCCUCAUAUACUUUCCAGGGAUGAGGAAGCAUCACCCCAUUUAAAUUCUCUUUUUGAUAUGUUUUUUGUUGGACUACUUUGAUUACUAUAUAUGGAUCCUCCUAAUCAGGUUCAAGUAUACCUAUUCCGCUUUCUUUUCUACUUUGAAAGACCUUAGAUCUCCCACUUUAAAACUUGUUUUACUCGUGAUUUUUAAUAUUGAAUUUCUCUUUGUUUAUAAGUCAGGUGUUUUUUCUCUCCCAUUUUCUACUAAAUUUAUGUUUAAACUUGGUUUCUUAUUUUUCUUUUGGUUGGAAGUUGAGUACUAUGAGAUGGCAUGCUAAUUUCUACUAUUACCACUGCUUCAGCUUCAGUGUUUACUAGAUGUUUUGGUUUGCCUUACAUGGUCUAGUUCUAGUAUGACUAGCACUCCAGGGUUAAGUUAAUAGAUUUCUUGUUGCUAAGCUUGUAUACUUCUUGAACUCUACAAUUUAUAGGCUUGUAAAUUCCUAGUUUCUAAUGCAUGUUUAAGUAUGGGUUCAUCAAAUUUGUGAUUUGCCAUUUAUGUUAUCGUAGACUUGUUCAUCAUGCAUGAAUUUUAACUGAACUUGUUGACUUUGACUUUCUUGGUAGGAUUUUUUUUUUUUGGUUCCUAAAUGUUCUUGUAUGGACAACAAUUAUACCAAAAUUAUUUUGAUUAUGCAUUUAUUGGCUUUUUAAUACUUAUGUAGGGUGAUAUAUAGUGUUGAUGGGUUCAUAGUAAGUGUUGUAGUAGAAGGUAAAUGAAAUAAACCAUCUAAAUCUAAAAAUCUAUGGACAGUUAUCAAGUCAUAAUCAAGUUUAGAUGAUGUAUUUGAAGCACUGCCAUUCAAAUAUCCUCUUGGGUCUCACAAAACCUUAUCAAACUUGGUGUUUCAUUUAGUACCUUACCAUUUCAAGCUCUCUAGAUUUUCAAUAAGUUUUAGUCAGAUAUCUUUCCAUAUAUUGAAGAUGAGAAAAUCACUGGCAUCUCUAUAAAUUCUACCACAUGUUUCAUUGGCUAAUAUCAUCAGUUCAUUGACAACUCUUUUAAGUUCCAACAGUUGUUUAGAGUUAAGAUUUGCGGUAAUGUCGGAAAGAUGGUCAUGUAACGACAAAACGAAAGAGAAAGUUGAUCAAGAAGUUGAGUCAGUUGAUCGAUCUCUAGAUUUAAGCCUUUUCAACAACAAUCAGUUUGAUUGUCCUGCAUUGAAGAGAGAACUUAACUUACUUGAUCGCCUAGAUGCAGGUGGUUUGGAGGUGGUGGGGUCUUCUGAUGAUAAGAAUGAGAUAGAGGAAAUGAGAUUCUUCAUUUGCAAUUACUGCAAAAGGAAGUUCUCGAGCUCUCAGGCAUUAGGGGGCCACCAGAAUGCCCAUAAAAAAGAACGGGCAGCCCUGAAAAGAGAGAAACUAUUCGACAAUUUGGUCCCUUUUGAUCAGCCUGCAGCUACUCAUUUUAACCCAUAUUCACCCUUGGCUGUUGCAGCAGGUUUGUCUAAUCGAUAUUGCUCAUUUGAGAGACCUCUUGGUGUUCACAUGAACUCUUUUAUUCAUAAACCAUUUCAUGCAUUAUCUCAAUCUCGAUGGUUUCGGCCUGAAUUUGCCAUCAUGCAAAGAGGUGGUUAUUAUCUGGUUCCUCCAGGUGGGAGAGGAUUUCAAAUUCAGAAUAAGAAUCCAUUUGGGAUGUCUGAAAGCUCUUCAUAUGGGAAUGGGAUGUUUGGAAGAUCUUUAAUUGGAAAUUCAGAAGCUGGAAGUAGCAAAGUUGAUGCCUCUGGAGAGCUCAAUUUAUCGCUCCAUCUGUGAUUUGAAAUAUUAUAAUUACAUGGGCUCGGCUAUGUUGUUUGAUUAGAUGAUGAAUGUUUUCUGUUGUCUAAGUUGUGCGUGCGUGUGUGCGUGU